CAGCGCUUCCGGGCAAGGUUCUGUGCACCUGUUCUCUCCUUCUGCUCAAGUGUUUUCCCACUCUGGGAAAAAAUGGACAUGCCUGUCCCCAGAGAACAAGAUGAGUAUUACCGCGCCUAGGUUAAGAACAGCGCGGACGAUUAGGGCCAAAAUAAGAAGGUGCUAGGCACCUUUAAGCUGUUUGGAAGUUCACGUGACCCACUGAGUGCCGGGUCCCAGUGGUCACGUGACGGCGCGCGCGCCCUCGCGCAGGGAGAGCCAGCUGGCGCUGUGCGCGCGCCUUCGCCGCUGCCUCCCAUCCCCUCGACGGGAGGGUGAGGAACUGCGGAGGGCUCGGCGUCUUGGGCCGGGUGCGCGUGCGCGGCGAACAGCUGUCAUCCAGUGCGGAACUAGUCUUCCAAAUUUCCCAAAUCUCCCCGGGCCGUAGGCCACCGUCUUCCGUCUCCUUUUCCUCCUCGGGUUCGUGUCCUCGCCUCACCCGCGAGCCAGAGACUGCUCCAGCCAUCAUGGAGGUGGCCGAGGUGGAGAGUCGUCUGAAUCCCAGCUGCAAGAUCAUGACCUUCAGACCCUCCAUGGAGGAGUUCCGUGAGUUCAAUAAAUACCUUGCAUACAUGGAGUCUAAAGGAGCCCAUCGAGCAGGGCUCGCAAAGGUGAUUCCUCCUAAGGAGUGGAAGCCAAGGAAGUGCUAUGAUGACAUCGAUAAUUUGCUCAUUCCAGCACCUAUUCAGCAGAUGGUCACAGGGCAGUCAGGACUGUUCACUCAAUAUAACAUCCAGAAAAAAGCCAUGACGGUGAAGGAGUUCAGGCAGCUGGCCAAUAGUGGCAAAUAUUGUACCCCAAGGUAUUUGGAUUAUGAAGAUUUGGAGCGCAAGUACUGGAAGAACUUAACUUUCGUAGCACCCAUCUAUGGCGCAGACAUUAAUGGGAGCAUAUAUGAUGAGGGUGUGGAUGAAUGGAACAUAGCUCGCCUAAAUACAGUCUUGGAUGUGGUUGAGGAAGAGUGCGGUAUUUCUAUUGAGGGUGUAAAUACCCCUUAUCUCUAUUUUGGCAUGUGGAAAACCACAUUCGCAUGGCACACCGAGGAUAUGGAUCUCUACAGCAUUAAUUAUCUCCACUUUGGAGAGCCCAAGUCUUGGUAUGCAAUACCCCCGGAGCAUGGGAAACGACUUGAAAGACUAGCUCAAGGUUUUUUCCCAAGCAGUAACCAAGGGUGUGAUGCAUUUCUUCGCCACAAGAUGACGCUGAUAUCUCCCUCAGUGUUGAAGAAGUAUGGUAUUCCCUUUGAUAAGAUCACCCAGGAGGCUGGAGAAUUUAUGAUCACUUUCCCAUAUGGCUACCAUGCUGGUUUUAAUCAUGGUUUCAACUGUGCAGAAUCUACAAAUUUUGCUACUGUCAGAUGGAUUGACUAUGGGAAAGUUGCUAAAUUGUGCACCUGCAGGAAAGACAUGGUGAAAAUUUCAAUGGAUAUCUUUGUGAAGAAAUUUCAGCCAGACAGAUAUCAGCUUUGGAAACAAGGAAAGGAUAUAUACACCAUUGAUCACACGAAGCCUACUCCGGAAUCCACCCCUGAAGUAAAGGCGUGGCUGCAGAGAAGGAGGAAAGUAAGAAAAGCACCCAGGAGCUCCCAGUGCACUGGUUCUCACUCUAAGAGGCCUAAGAAUGAGGGGGACAAGCAAGUGCCAGCUGCAGUCAGUGGGGCAGAGGGCCCCACCCCUGACCCAGACGCAGAUGACCUCAAGGUCAGUGAAAAGCCAGAAGCAGCAGCCAAGCUGGGGAACACAGACGCACCUUCAGAGGAAGUAGCCUCUGCUAGCAGGAUGCAGCUGGAUCAGAAUUCAUCAGAUAAUAUCAGACUGUCAGGAGACAGUUGCUUAAGCACAUCUGUAAUGGAGGAAGUGAAAACUGAGGAUGGCCAAGCCUAUGUCACAAUUCCGCCUUCGAAUUCCAGUGAGGCUGAUGGUUCCAUACCUAGUGGCCAUGUGACAUCCAAGGAAUCAGACCCACCCAAACUUCCUUGGCCAAAGUCACCUGAAUUGUGCUUCUCAGUGGCAGAGAGUAACAGUGUGUUGACAGAGGGAGAAGAGAGUGAUGUGGAGAGCUGCGGGAGUGGCCUUGAAACUGUGGAAGUCCCAGUGGUCCCCAGUGGAGAGAGAAAUGUCUUUAAAGUUCCCAGCAGAAUAGAGGGAGAAACCAAAACUGCUAAAAGUUGGCGCCAUCCACUUAGCAAGCCUCCAGCAAGAUCCCCAAUGACUCUGGUGAAGCAGCAGGCAACAAGUGAUGAAGAAUUGCCUGAGGUUCCAUUGAUUGAGGAGGAAGUGGAAGAAACAGAGUCUUGGGCAAAGCCUCUGGUCCACCUUUGGCAGACGAAGUCCCCAAACUUUGCAGCUGAGCAAGAGUAUAAUACAGCCAUGGCCAGAAUGGAACCUCACUGUGCCAUCUGUGCGCUCCUCAUGCCAUACUACAAGCCAGAUAGCAGCAAUGAAGAAAAUGAUUCUAGAUGGGAGACAAAAUUAGAUGAAGUGGUUCCUUCGGGAGGAAAGACUAAGCCCCUCAUUCCAGAGAUGUGUUUUAUUUAUAGCGAAGAAAAUAUAGAAUAUUCUCCACCUAAUGCCUUCCUGGAAGAGGAUGGAACAAGUCUUCUCAUCUCUUGUGCAAAGUGCUGCGUACGGGUUCAUGCAAGUUGUUAUGGUGUCCCUUCUCAGGAGAUCUCUGAUGGAUGGUUAUGUGCCCGGUGCAAAAGAAAUGCAUGGACAGCAGAAUGCUGUCUCUGCAAUCUGAGAGGGGGCGCUCUUAAGGAAACCAAGGACAAGAAGUGGGCCCAUGUCAUGUGCGCUGUCGCGGUCCCAGAAGUUCGAUUCACUAAUGUCCCAGAAAGGACACAGAUAGAUGUAGGCAAAAUACCUUUACAGAGGUUAAAAUUGAAAUGCAUCUUCUGCAGAUACCGGGUUAAGAAAGUCUCCGGAGCCUGUAUCCAGUGUUCCUACGGCCGCUGCCCGGCCUCCUUCCAUGUCACAUGUGCUCAUGCUGCCGGAGUGCUGAUGGAGCCUGACGAUUGGCCAUACGUGGUGAACAUCACAUGCUUUCGACAUAAGGCCAACCCAAAUGUGAAGUCCAAGGCUGGUGAGAGGGGCAUCUCCGUGGGGCAGACUGUCAUCACGAAGCAUCGGAACACCCGGUAUUACAGUUGCAGAGUGAUUGCCGUGACGUCACAGACCUUCUAUGAGGUCAUGUUUGACGACGGUUCCUUCAGCAGAGACACAUUUCCUGAGGAUAUCGUGAGCCGAGACUGUGUGAAGCUGGGCCCUCCCGCCGAGGGAGAAGUCGUCCAAGUCAAGUGGCCCGAUGGCAAGCUCUAUGGGGCCAAAUACCUGGGACUGAACGUGGCCCACAUGUACCAGGUUGAAUUUGAAGAUGGAUCCCAGAUAGCAAUGAAGAGAGAGGACAUAUACACUUUGGACGAAGAGUUACCCAAGAGAGUGAAAGCUCGUUUUUCCACAGCCUCUGACAUGCGAUUUGAAGAUACAUUUUAUGGAACAGACAUAAUCCAAGGGGAGAAAAAGAGACAAAGAGUGCUGAGCUCCAGGUUUAAGAAUGAAUACGUGGAUGACCCCGUGUAUCGCACUUUUUUGAAGAGCUCUUUCCAGAAGAAAUGUCAGAAGAGACAAUAGUUUGCACGUGCUGCAGGCAACAGAGCAGCUUGGGCUGGAAGAGGGAAGAUGAAGAAACAGCCAUGUGGCUGUGCCAUGUGUUUCACUGCGGUAGGUGACGGGGUGUCUCUUGACAGUGGAAAAUGAGGCUUCCCAGAGCUUGGUUGUCCAAACCGCAAAAUACACAUAUUAAUUAGAUACAACAGUCUGAAGCCAUCCCCUGGUCUUGCUUUCACUUGUGAACAAUUGUCUUCUGUGAUCCCAAAGGAUUUUUCUACGUGAAAGGAAAUAAUAGUGAGUCACCCACACAAAACAGCCACUGCCAGAGGAGGUGAGUCCCCACAUGUGGCUUAGGCCCCUUGGCAGGAAACACAUGGAAACUUCUCUCCCCGACCCCAGGUGGGAUUCUCAACACCCAGGUGGGAGGGUGAUAAUUUAUACGUUUUCCACAGUCAGGGAAGGACUCUCACUUAUUUGUUUUAAAUGGCAGUUUUUAUAAAACAUUUUUAAAACACAAAUGGCAUGUAUGGUAAUGAGAUUUACCCGUGUGCUAUCUGUAUUUCCCUUGUACAGAACUUUUACAUUUUUUUAUAUCCCUAUUACUUUUGAUUGUGUCUGAUGAGAACUGAGUUGUUGGCCUUUGUGAAAUUUUUGGCUCUUGAGAAAGAAUUCUUAUAAAUUGUAUGGAAAUUUUAUAUAUUUAAAGAGGGAGAUCCAGGGCUGUUAUUUUUAAACACUUUUUUUCAUAAUACAUAUUCUAAGUAGAUAUUUAUAAAAUAUGUUUCUUUCAUUAUGUGUUUGUAAAAUUAGAGUUUAAAUAAAUAUGCUUUGAUGCAUAGUUUUGAAUUAAUAUGAUUUUUCCUUUUUAAAACA